AUGGGCUCCUUACGCGGCCUCUUCCUGUAUUCUUUCGUGCUCCUCGCUUCCUGUGCUGUCACCAGUAGAGGCGGCCAUGCCACUCAACACCCCCUGCCCGAUGCGCAAGCCGCUCGUAACGGAACUCUAAUUUCCCAGAAGCUGUUCUGGGAACUCGAAGAACUCGCGCGCAUUGUCGAUAUAUCCUACUGUGUAGGCACCGCCGGUCUGGGCAUCCAGAAGCCCUUCAGGUGCGCCAGCCGCUGCGGAGACCGCGACUUUGAGACUUUCGAGUUGGUUACAGCAUGGAACACUGGCCCUUUUCUAUCUGACUCCUGCGGCUACAUCGCUCUGUCGCAUUCACCUACCAACCCGCGUCUGAUCCUUGCCUUUCGCGGCACCUAUUCGGUUGCCAAUACCAUCGCCGACCUCUCUACCAUACCGCAAGAAUACGUGCCAUACCCAGGCGACGAUGAUGAUGGUACCUCGGACUUCAUCGCCCCGAGUCUAGACGUAGACGACGAUGCGCCACCCGCCGAGCCGCCCAAAUGCGACAACUGUACUGUACAUACCGGCUUCUAUUCCUCGUGGCUCAACACCCGUAAGGUCGUCCUGCCACAUGUAUCCAAGGCUCUGGACAAGUAUCCCCAUUACAAGCUGGUCUUGGUGGGACACUCGUUGGGCGGUGCCAUUUCGACCCUCGCCGGGUUGGACUUCAAGGCUCGUGGAUGGGACCCCCAUGUGACAACCUUUGGCGAGCCUAGACUAGGCAACAAGGAGUUCAACAAGUACGUGGAUGAGCGCUUCGCCAUCACUUCGGAUCACGACAACAACAAACUUCACCGUGUCACCCAUGUCGGCGACCCUGUUCCUCUGCUACCACUGUCUGAAUGGGGCUUCAGUAUGCACAGUGAAGAGAUCUUUAUAUCCGAGUCAAGUCUACCUUUCUCAGUUGCCGACAUCCACUACUGCGACGGUGACGAAGACCCGCACUGCAUUGCUGGGAGCGACCAAGACAAGCCUGCCUGGGGUGUACCCACUCGCUUCAAGUUUUGGCAGCUCUUCUUCGCCCAUCGCGAUUACUUCUGGCGAUUGGGUUUGUGUUUGCCAGGUGGUGACCCACGAGACUGGUACGACAAGUAUCCUGGGCAUAGCACAAAUGACGGAGACGAUGAUGUGCCUGAAAUUAUUGAAUUGUAA